AGCCUUCCUGACUGGUACUAAGUUCUGUCUCUGCCAAGAUGGACCUGCCUGCAAGUCUCCGUGGUGUCCUGGUGCUGUUGGGUGUCUGGGUGUGUGUAGCGGCAGCCCAAGAGUUGAACGAGAAAGAUAGAAAACAGUUCCCUCCUAUCAGGAUGAACUGCCAGUCGAUAGGAAGAUUCCGUCAUCCAUACGACUGUGGGAAAUUCGUGGACUGUCUGCCUGAUCCUGAGACGGGCAAAUUGUACUCUCGUGAGGGUUCCUGCAACGGCCAAGCCUUCCACCCAACCUUCAAGAAAUGUGGCAGCAUAGACAAGGUCAAAGGAUGCAAGCCGCGGUCCGGUCGAGCCAUUGCAGCCAACCACAAGCUGGACUACGUCUGUGAAGGCGCUAGUAGCGAAUUCGUUUGUGCUGACUGCAAGACCCUUGUUAACUGCAUCAACGGCACGGCUUAUCCUGAGCCCUGUGCCUCGGGUGACUUGUGUGCUGUGAAGGACGCGCUGUUUGGCGGAGGUGUCUGCUACCCAAACGAACCUAUUGAGUGUGUGUGUGAGCAACCCAACGAGUUCAAGGUGGAUUAUUAUGACGAAACCCGUUUCUUUUUCUGUGAAAACCAAAGCUCCGAUCCAGUGAUCUACCAGUGUCCAGAUGACCACCUGUUUGUGCCCAGCUUGAGCCAGUGCCGGAGCUACGCUGGUUUGCCAGAGUGCACUAGUAUUGGUGUCUUUGCCAACGAACUUAAUUGUUCUCAGUAUUACACCUGCAUCUUCACCACCAACGGUUGGGUACAAAAGGCGUCAUCUUGUGAGAACGAGACCCACUCAGGUCUCAUGUACAACGAACGAACAGGAAAAUGCGAGGAUCCUUGCACAUGGGAUACGGGUAAGUUCUCUUGCUCUGUAGAGGGGCGCUUUCCCGAUCCCGUCAACUGCAAUGCUUACUACGAGUGUGUAGCGGAUGAAUCAUACGAGUCAGGCUUUCGACAGACUCGUCACUCAUGCCCUAAUGGCUAUGAAUGGGACCCAACGGCCAGAGAGGAGUUCGGUCAUUGUGUAGUGCAGGGCACCAGGAAAGAGAAAUGCUCCCUCGCCAAAGAGAACAAGUGUCUCAUCCCUCAAGACCAAUGCAAUGCCGCAGACGCUCUGUGAUAGACACCCCGGACUUGAGCCUCACCCCAUGAAGUAAACCGAGACAGCCGAUCGAGUUGCAGUGAUGAAACAGCCAGCUCAUCAUAGUGUGGUGGUGUGCUCAUGCUAAUUGUUGUUUGUUGUUUUUGUUGUUUAUGUAUUUGUUGCUAAUCUAUUGUAGUGUCAGUUGAUUGUCUACAUUGGUAAUUUAUUAUUAUUAAUAUAAGUUAUUUGUUCCCAUCAUUGUUUUAGCAAUAUGUAUUAAAUAAAGACUUAAUGAUCA